GCUGUUCAAGCCGUCCACCUUUGGUAUUAAAGAUUCGAAGGUAAAACAGUUCCUUCCAUCCCACAAACAAAAUUGAUGGAGUCGGCCAAAGAAAACCAGCAGCGAGAAGCCCACGUUCUCAUCUUCCCCUUCCCCAUCCAAGGCCACAUAAACACCAUGCUCCGCUUAGCCGACGCUCUCUCCUUCGCCGGCAGCUUCCGCAUCAGCUUUCUCAACACCGUCCACAACCACCGCCUCCUCCGCAUCUUCUCCCCUUCAAAAUAUUCUCGCUUCUCCCUCCGCCCCAAUUUCCGCUUCAUUUCAAUUCCCGACGGCCUCCCUGAUGACAACCCUCGCUCAGUGCACCAAUUACGUGAGCUCGGGCAUUCUCUCAGAACCCGCUCUUUGGAUUCCUUCCGCGCACUGCUGCUCGCCGGUGGAAGCCAAGACCCCAACGGUUGGCCUCCGGUGAGCUGCUUAAUCGUGGAUGGAUUGAUGCCCUUAGCCAUGGACGCCGCUCUGGCCUUGGGCGUCCCACCAAUUGUGUUCCGAACAAUCAGUGCAUCUAGCCUUUGGGUUUAUCUCCGCUUCCCUCACAUGAUAGAGGCCGGCGAGCUCCCUUUUCCAGCCGACGGAGACCUUGAUGAACCCAUAAAAAGCGUGCCUGCCAUGGAAAGCUUUCUCCGGCGUCGAGACCUCCCUACAAUGUGUAGAAAAGCAACAAAAGCUGAAGACGAAGAGCUUCGAUUUUUCGCUGAAGUCUCCGCCAGCGCCAUCAGGUCGAAAGGACUAAUCCUCAACACUUCAAACUUGCUCGAAGCUCCGGUGCUCUCUCAAAUGCGCUCA